GCUGGCCAAUCAGUUGCAGGUUGAGUUUCACUGAAAGACAUUCGACAUGCGUUUUCUAAUUGUUUUGGCCGGUCUGGUCGCCAUUUGUGCUGCGGGCACAUUGCCCAAAGAACAGUCCCAACAUCCGCUCGAGCAGCGCUUGCUGCAGCUCGCCGAUCAGAACGGCGAUAUCGAGCUUUUCGCUGAGCAGCCCGAAACAGGUGUUGAAGUUGCUCCACACUUUGUGAUCUCGUGGCAGGUGCGUCGCAUGAUUCGUAAGCUGCAAAAGCAAAUGCCCUGCGGCUGGCCCAGUUUGGGUAUUCCCCCAUUGGCGCCGGUGCGUGUGAACGAAGCGAACUUGAAUUUGAAGCGCGGCAUCGUGGACACGAUCAAUCAUGUCUUCCAUCUGAAGAUCGCCGGCCUGGACGACUUCAAGAUCAUGAAGUUCAAGCUGAAUGUGAUCUCAUCGAAGAUCACCUUCGAUUUCCUGUUCAAGAACAUUGACACAACCGCGCAAAAGUACGAGACCGAUACGCUGAUCGAUGCCCUGCGUCAGUUGGGCCUGUCCGUGGAGUACGAGGGCGAUGGCUCCAUUCUGUUCGAUCUGAUCAAUUUGCGUGUCAGCGGCAUCUUGACUUACAAGCUGCCCAUGCUGUGGGGCUCAGCCAAGAUACUGUCCCUGAAGUCCAACAUUGAGCUGGGCGCCGUCGACUCCGAUAUUCGCGGCUUCAUGGGCAAUGGCAAGAUCAAUGCCAUCAUCAAUCGCCAGCUGGAGAAUCUGCUCGUGAAGGCCAUCAACAACAAUCAGGAAGCCAUUUCCGAUACCAUUGAGGAGACGAUUGUGCCACGUGUCAAUAAGAUGCUCAAGGGCUACGACUUCUGGACCUUGGUCGAUUUGAUUCUCUCCAGCAGCGAUGGCGAGAACGAGGACGAUCCCAUUGUUGUUGACUGCGUGCCACCAGCAGAUCCCUGGGCCUAAACCACAAAUGACAUUCUAGCUUGGGCAAAUUAGAGUUUGCUGCAAUAAAGCUUUUAGAUUGGUUUCGAUACA